AUGAUUCCUCAAAAAGUUACACGCUUCUUGUCCAGGAAGGUCUUAAAAUAUUCACGUGUCAGUGUUCGGCACCACAACUUUGAUGGGGAGACCCCACAAAAAACACACAUGUCAAUGGUCGUCAGAGAAGACGAGUCUCACAAUUACGUUGUGUCCUACAGCAAUAUUGGUUUCCGAUUCUCAACAGGACUAAGAGCCAUUGGUCCAUGUGCUCUGUUUCCCCGACUUGUUCUUCACUGGAAUGUGUGGUCAGCCACAGAAAUCACCCCAGAGUCCCUGGCACUGUUCUGUAUGCUGGAACCCAAGUUAGACAUUCUCGUCAUUGGAAAAGGUGAUGAAGACGCAAAAGUUGACAACAAAGUAUUCAGGCACUUGAAGAGCAAAAACAUAAGCGUAGAAAUACUUCCCACGGAACAAGCGUGUGCAACUUUCAACUUCCUGAACAUAGACAGACGGGCUGUGGCCGCUGCCCUUAUUCCUCCGACUAAUGUGGUUGAUGAAAUUGACGAAUCUUUGUCCUCGCUCAAGUUUCAAGAUGCUCCUUCACUGGAAGACAAGAUUGAUAAGGAGGUUGGGGAAUUAAUGGAGUCGUUCAAAGGAAAAUCAACUCUGCAGAUUUUAGCGGAUCACAAAACAAAAAGAAAGCAGCAUUCGGAUAAUGUACCUCCAGAUGACAAGAAGACAGAGAAAUGA